AUGUUAUUCGAAUAUUUACGAAAGCCGAAUAUAACGGAUCUUCUUACUUCGGGCGAUGCUUUCAAGUACUUUGAGUACGGGAUGUUCUGGCUGGGCUGGAAACCCUCCUCCAAGUACCAGUUAAUCUACAAUAUUUUAGCAGUGCUCAUCAUUGCCUGGAGCGUUUAUUAUGUGCCCAUCGGAAUCAUAAUCAGUUUUGGCUUAGAUAUCAAGAACUUUAAUCCCAGCGAACUACUGACUGUUCUCCAGCUCUUUUUUAACUCCUUCGGAUCACCUUUUAAAGUAUUUUUCCUGAGGAUAUAUCUGUGGAGAUUCAAAAGGACCAAAGAGCUACUCAGCCAAAUGGAUAAUCGGUGUACUUCCCUUUCGGAGCGCUUUGAGGUCCAUAGAUGUGUGGUCCUCUGCAACAGAGCCUAUCUGAUCUACCAGUUCAUAUAUAUCGGCUAUACUGUAUCCACUUUCCUAUCAGCUGCUCUUUCUGGAGUUCUACCGUGGCGCAUUUAUACGCCAUUUUUGGAUAUUCACCAAAACAGGACUAGUUUCUGGAUAGCUGCCCUGCAUGAGACCAUUCUCAUGCUCUUCUCUGUGUCACAAUCCGUUCUCACCGAUUUAUAUCCACUACUCUGUGGAAUAAUGUUGCGAUCUCAUAUCGGACUUUUGAGGAUAAGAGUCGAGAAGCUUUGUACAGAUUCCGAAAAGAGCGACGAGGAGAAUCAAGAAGAAUUGGUCAACUGCAUCAAGGAUCACAAACUCAUUCAGGAAUGCGCUCAAAUGAUUCGUCCUGUCAUCGAACGUACUAUCUUCAUUCAGUUUCUUUUGAUUGGCAUUUCUCUGGGUUUUUCCCUAAUAAAUCUAUUCUUUUUCGCCGAUUUCUGGACUGGUUUGGCCACACUGGCCUAUAUCAAUGGCCUGAUGAUGCAGACAUUUCCGUUUUGUAUCGUUUGUGACCUGAUCAAGGUGGAUUGUGAACUUCUGGAGGUGGCCAUUUUUCAUUCCAAUUGGCUGGACACAAGUCGAAGAUACAAGACUUUACUGGUCUUCUUUUUGAUGAAUUCCCAAAAGUCUAUUGCUUUUCAAGCCGGCUCAGUUUUUCCCAUAUCCAUUAGCACAAAUUUAAAGGUAGCUAAGUUAGCAUUUUCCGUUGUUACUUUAGCGAAUCAAUUCAAUUUAGCCGAAAAAUUGGCAACUAACUAA